AUGGCUUUAGUGAACCGAACCAUAAUGCAGUUAGCAGGGAUUUUAUUUUGCCUGUUGGGAUGGGUGUUAUCCUGCCUCACUACUUAUUUACCUCAGUGGAAAAAUCUCAACUUAGAGUUGAAUGAAUUGGAGAUCUGGACAAUGGGACUCUGGCAAGCCUGUGUAGUUCAAGAAGAAGGGGGAAUGCAGUGCAAAGAAUUUGACUCUUUUUUAGCUUUAUCCCCCGAGCUCAGAAUUUCUAGGAUUCUGAUGUUCAUAUCCAAUGGAUUAGGACUUUCUGGUCUCUUACUCUCAAGUUUUGGAUUGGAUUGCUUAAAGAUUGGUGAACAACAACGGGAUCUAAAGAAGCGGUUAUUGCUGCUGGGAGGAAUAUGCUGCUGGAUAUCAGGAGCUACAGCCUUAGUCCCAGUGUCUUGGGUUGCUCAUACCAUUGUGCAGGAAUUUUGGGAUGAAACUAUUCCAGACAUCGUUCCCAGGUGGGACUUUGGAGAAGCGCUGUUUAUAGGCUGGUUUGCUGGAUUUUGUCUCAUUGUUGGAGGCUCACUGCUAAAUUGCAGCGUCUGUUCUGUUGAUGCUCAAUCGUCCUCGGUCCAUUAUACAGUGGCAGAUGUGCUAGAUGCUUGUCCACACUUGGAAAGUAACAGCAGACCCUGA